GCCGGGCGGGUGCACCAGUCGCUGUCAUCUGCAUAUCCGCUCAAGCUGCUGUCGCCCGAGGCUGUGCCCGGCACCACGCAGCUUCUGCCGGCCGUCAGCUACAUUCUCUCGUACGGCGGCGGGAUCGUCCACGGGGACCAAAUCCACGUCGACGUGCACGCACACCCCGGCACAGCGCUUCUCCUGCUCACGCAGGGCUCGACCAAGGUCUACCGGUACCGGCCCGGCCGCCCGCCCUCGUACCUGAAGAACCCGCGGAACGAGGGCAAAUUCGACAUCGGCCAGACAUACCAGACAUUGAUUGUGACUGUGCACAGCAACGCGCUGGUGUGCUUGCUGCCGGACCCCGUGACGUGCUUCGAAAGCGCCAAGUACAACCAGCGCCAAAUGGUGCAUAUGCAGGAAUCGGCGUCGCUGGUGCUGCUGGACUGGAUGACCAGCGGCCGGAUGAGCCGCGGCGAGCGCUGGGCGUUCGACAAGUACCUGAGCGUCAAUGUCGUCGAGACACAGGGCACGGUGAUUGUGCGCGAUGCGCUGCUGCUGGAGAAA